GGUAUAAAAAGUUUAUGAUAUUGCCAUUAGUUGAAAUUUUCCUCACGAUGAAGUUCCUAGUUGCACUUUUUGUUUUUGGCGCUAUCGUUCACGCUGAAGAUGUGCAGUUUUCUGGGCUGAGUCCUGCUUACGGCUACAUACAAAAAAUAGGGAUUCCAGAAGCUGAGAGGAUUCGAAAGGCUGAACAAUUAGGAGCAUCAAGGAUUAUUGGAGGUGUGCCAGCUGCUCUUGGACAAUACCCGUUCCAGGCUGGAAUUCUUGGUGACGUCACUGUUGCGGGUAACCCAGCUACUAGCGUUUGUGGUGGAUCCCUUAUAUCACCCAGUCGGGUUCUAACAGCGGCUCACUGUUGGUUUGACGGUCAAGUACAAGCAUGGCGACUUACAGUAGUUCUUGGUUCCGUUCUACUGUUCACCGGUGGUACCAGAAUACAGACCAGUGCAGUUGCUUCUCAUCCCAACUUCAACCCAUCUCUUGCACGCAAUGACGUAGCUGUUGUUUAUUUCUCUAGCUCUGUACCUUUGUCAGCCAAUAUUGCACCGGUCGCUCUGCCCAGUGGAUCUCAACUUUUCGAGGCCUUUGUGGGAGAAAGGGCUAUUGCUGUUGGUUUUGGUAUUACCAGUAAUGAUGGUAGUAUUAGCUCAAACCAGAAUCUAAACCACGUCAGUUUGAGUGUGAUUUCAAACAGUGAGUGCAACUGGGCCUUCCCUCUCGUUCUACACUCUUCUAACAUCUGCACCAGUGGACUCGGCACUGUAGGAAUUUGUGGAGGAGAUAGUGGUGGACCUCUUGUCAUCAACAGGGAUAACCAACAAGUAUUGAUUGGUGUUACAUCAUUCCGCCACGGACUUGGCUGUGACAGUAAUAUGCCCAGUGCUUACGCACGUGUCACUUCGUUUAUGGAUUUCAUCAACAAUCAUAUUAGUAGUUCUGUUGGUGUGAUUACGAACGUUUCUGUGGAAAACGUUUCGAAAGUUCGGCCCGUGAUCAAGAUGAAAGCUUUUAUUGUGGUCUGCCUGGCUUUGGCCAGUUUCGCCUGUGCGGAAGAACUCCGGUACCCAGGUAACAGCGCAUAUGGUUACCUGGUAAAGUAUGGUAUCCCUGAGGCCGAGAGGAUCAAGGCAGCUGAGGAGAAACUCAGUCAAUCCAGAAUUGUUGGAGGCGUUCCCGCUGGACAAGGACAAUACCCAUACCAGGCUGGUCUUCUCAUCUCUAUCAUCGGUUUCGAUGGAUCCGGUGUUUGCGGUGGUUCCCUCAUCAGCGCUGCCAGGGUUGUGACUGCUGCUCACUGCUGGUUCGAUGGUAUGCACCAAGCAUGGAGGGUCACCGUUGUCCUCGGCUCCACCACUCUCUUCACUGGUGGCACCAGGAUUGAGACCAGUGUGAUGGCCAUGCACCCCAACUGGAGCCCAGCUCUUAUCCGUAAUGACGUCGGUGUACUCUACUUGCCCCAAGCUGUGCAGUUAUCCGCUAACAUCCAACCCAUUGCUAUUGCCACCGGAUCCUCAGACUUCGUUGGUGUAUCAGCUAUCGCAUCUGGUUAUGGUUUGACAAGCUCUGAGGGAAGCAUCAGCGCCAACCAGGUUCUUAGCCACGUUCGCCUGAAUGUCAUCGCUAACAGCGCUUGCAGCUACGCCUUCCCCUUCGUUGUCCAGCCCUCUAACCUCUGCACCAGUGGUAUCGGAGGUGUUGGUACCUGCAGCGGUGACUCUGGUGGUCCUCUUGUUGCUAGCCAGAAUGGACAGGAUGUUUUGAUUGGUAUCACCUCCUUCGGAUCCGCUUUCGGCUGCCAAAUCAACCUGCCAUCAGUCUUCGCUCGUGUUACCUCCUUCGCUAGCUUCAUCAGCCAGCACCAAUAAUUUCUCGAAAAACUUACAAACAAACUUACCAUCUAAAGAAAUAUUACCAUCUUUUUCACGGACGUUUACAUACAACGAAAUAAACAAUAUUUUCAUAUUAAUUAUGUAUUUUAAAUUCCUUCAGUGUAAGGAUUAAAAAUUAAGGCUGACAAACAUUAUAUAGUCGUUCCUGUAAAUAAUAAAAUAAAACGUUUCUAUUUUUUUA